AUGGCGUCUCUCCAAAAACCCUUUCGGUCCAGUUCGCCUCCCCAACUCCCUCCCCUCCGUGUCCUCUAUCCCUCCACGACGUCCAACAUGGCUUUGACCGGCCUCAGCACAACCACGGUCACCUCAAACUCAUUGGGCACCAGUGAAUCCUCACCCAAGACCGACAUGGGGCGCCCGCUACCCCGACCACCAGCGGCAGAGGCCAGGCCCCCGCUCCACUUGCCCAGCAAGCUCAGGCAUCACGUUUUGUCAGCCCAGACAGAACGACUCGCCGCAGACCUAAAUACAGUGUCAUCGUCGAAGCCAGUCCGACCAUCGCGAGCAUCGUCGUAUCGUCCAGCCUCCCUGUACCUCUGGAGAGACAACAACACUUCGUCAUUCCUUACUGCAUUGGACGAAUCCAACAUUCUUUACGCCAUCCUGUCAUCCAUGGAGUGGACCGACGCCUACUCAUUGUUUACAACAUGCAAAAAACUUGCCGACUCGUUCCGUAUUGUACCUCUCAGGGACGUUAUCCUGUCUAGGUUCGUCCAGGGGUAUGCUCAAUGCCUUCGGGAGAGGGACAUGCAGUACUAUCAAGAUAUCCCUGUCACCGUAUUCGAUCUCGAUCGACUUCUGAUAUCCCAGCGCGUACCGCUCCAUCGUUACCCUCUCCACGCGCUCAAAAUCCUUCAAUCCCUCUAUCCGAGUUUGGAGGAUGACCAACUCCGCGAGAAGCUCGUCGCACUAUGCCAGGCACAUUCCCGCUUUGUUCUCCUUCUCCAGUCUCUUGCACACAGCUCCUCAGCGUCGCUUCCCCAUGAAUCAGAAGAAGGCGUCUACUAUAGGCCCCGUUUCUCGCCGAUACAGUCGCUGAGAGAGCUCACUUUCCCUGCACCCUUGUCUUAUUCCGAGCCACCUGCCAGUGCACGAACUAGCGAUGUGGCAGAAGAUAACAAGCUGCUCAAGCACAUCUCCGCGCCCAUCGGCAGACGCUGCUUCGACGAUGAUAUCUACAGCGCCGGCGAAAUAUCUACAGCGCCGGCGAAAAAGGGUCGCAGAAUAUCUAUUUUUGGACGCAAGCCUUUCCGGAGCUCCACACCACCGCCACCACCCGAUGAGCCUCGCGCGCUCAAAAUGUACUCGAGCACAUGGAGAAAGAGCUCAUUCUAUGGUCCGGUCGCCUUUGAGAGUCACGACGACUCUGCCAGUGGGAGGUCACUCAAACGCAAUCGACGACUAUCGACGCACCAUCGUAUCGGUUCAAUCAGCAACGGUUCAAGUGAUUCAUCUUCCCUUUCGCUCAAGUUAUCAAGAUCCCGUAAUUCAAUGAACCUGAACGGGAUAGGCCCCGAAAACCGGGCGUUGUCACCGCAUGACCUCAUUCUCGCAACAUCCCGUGUCCGGGCGCCAAUUCUGCGCGUUUUCGUCCCAUGCACGAAACUAGAUUCGGACUCUGAGAGCUUGGUCCAGUGCGAGCAACAGCUGGUCGAAUCAGGGUUAUGGGACCACCUCUCAACAGGAGAUAUCAUCUGCAACCUCGGAUACGUUCCUUCCGUCGAGGACAACAACUCGUCCGAGGGAGACGACCCCCAAGGCGAAUUUAUCAUGAUGAGACCAGGUUCUCGGUCUGGUCCUGGUCUCGCGCACUCCGGCUCCAAUACUUCGAGUACGAAGUGGUUGCUCUUCAAUGGACACAUCCUCGUCCCAUAUACUCCUCCGGAUUUAUUGCCGCUCACUGAACCACUCAAUCUCCCAACCCCAUUCUUUUAUGCCCAUAUCAUGCCCCCCAUGACCAAUCUCUCCUAUAUCAUCACCCGAUUACCUGUCUGUGACGACGUACCCCAGCUGACGCUGAUCCAUUCUACCAGGAAGGUUCGAAGUCCGCACUCUCCUAACGGUUUUGCGAUGGUGAGGAAGUGGUCGUGGAUUGCGAGGGUGGUGCGGCUGAGGACCGAAGCAGACGGGGAGAUGGGCGAAGGGUGGUUCGGAGAAUGGAUUUUGGAAGGAGAAGGAACCCCAGAAGGGAAACAACUUUUGCUUGAUGCUCUCAAGGGACAUGAACUUGGCCAUAGAGAAUGGGAAUUAGUUCGGGAAAAGAGUGGCAGUGGGAAGCUGUGGUUGCGGUUAUUGACUAUAUGA